AUGGCACAACACGGUGCCUUCUACACGGACAACUUGUCCACGCCUCUUCGAAUCGCGCAAGCCUUCCUCGCGGGCAAAACCUUUACCUCCAGCUUUGGCACUGUCCCAGCCCUCCUCCAAGCACCAGCGCCGCUUCUAGCCAAGCAAUGGAAGAAGCAGUUCGACGCAGAUAGGAUCCUGGCACCAGCCAUCGCUCUCUUCAGCUCUGGAGUCUUCGGCUACAUCGCCUGGAGAGACACCGCCUGGACCAAGACCUCGAUCCUCUACGCCAGCUCUGCCUCGCUCCUUCUCUCGCUUGUGCCAUACACCUUCAUCCUCGCCGAACCCAUCAACCAGAAGCUCGAGGAGAAGGAGCGCAACCUCGCCAGCGCGUCACUCACCGAUGCGUCUGCUGAGGCCGGUGUCUCCAAGGAAGAGACUGUACACUCUCUCGUCGACAAGUGGGGAACCAUCAACUUUGGCCGAAUUCUGAUUUCAGCCAUCUCUGCCGGUCUCGCUACUUGGGCUGCUGUCGACAGGAGCGAGGUCGUGCCUGCCGGAAUCCGCCUUACCACUGGUGCCAACCGAAUGGGUUAA